CCCGCAUCAGCUUCCGGUCCGUCGUACGUCAUCACUCCGCGCCGCAGAGAGGGCCCGGCCGCCGCCAUGGUGCAGCUCGGCAGCCGCCUCCUCAAGGGCUACCGCGGCGGCCACGUCGUGAUCCGCUUCGCGCUUGGCGGCUGCACCAACCGGCCCUUCUACCGCCUCGUGGCGGCGCACAGCCGGCGCGCCCGCGACGGGAAGUACCUGGAGCAGCUGGGCUGCCUCGACCCCCUGCCCAACUCCCACGGCGAGAAGGUGGCGGGGCUCAACCUGGAGCGGCUGCGGCACUGGCUGGGCUGCGGGGCGCAGCUCUCCCCCCCCGCUGAGAAGCUCCUGGGUCUGGCGGGGUUCCUGCCGCUCCACCCCAUGACGGUGACCGGCGCCGAGCGGCUGCGGCGGCAGCGAGCGCAGGAGGCUGCCGCGAAGGAGGCUGCCGCGCAGGCCGCGGAUGGCUCUGCUGUGUCCGGCGAUGAACCGUGA